GGGUCAUCGACUAAGCUCAGACAUUUUUGUUCGCCAAUAAUUUAAAAAUUACACGUUUGUGUCGGAAGACAAUUUGUUUUCAACGACGAGGUGAGGAUUUCUCCUUGCUGACGGCAUGAGUGAAGGGGAGAUAACUGCAGACAGCCUGGUCUGUGAAGAGAUCCUGCUGUCUGCAGACGGCACGGACGUCAAUGAAGAAAUCCUCCAGAUAUCGCAGAAAAUCCUUAAUCAGAAUGCUCAGAUUUCAGCUGAUGGAAAUGCGGAAGUACAGGUUGGUGAAACUAUCCAUAUUGCAGCUAACUCGGUGGGCCCAGCCCAGUUCAUCAAGAUCGAGACAGUGGAUCCUAAUCAAGCAGAUGGUGAAGUACAGUCCGAGUGUAUUGUAGAGGAGGUGACAGAGGACCAGGUAGGAAGGAUUGUCACCCAGGAAACCCAGAUCUUCGACUCCAACACUGAAAUCAUCACCGAAAGUCUCGUGGAACAUGGAGAUUCUCAGACUAUUGAAAGCGUGGAGGACAUCGCUUCGACCUUUGACCUCUCCAGCAUCACGGACGCCAACGGCCAGGAGGUGUACGUCGUCUACUGCGUCAUGCCGGAAGACGGCUCUGGCGAUGGUGCGACCAUCGUCAACGGUGGACAGGAACCGGCUACGAUCACCUUAAAUAUGGACGGCGAAACCAUCGAGGGCUUCAUUCCUGACAACCAGGUCCGCUCGUUUGGCCAGCAGACUGACCUGCAGAUUAAGCUGGAAGACAAUAAAGAAAACACGAGCAGUCUUUCGAGCCAUGCCAUCAGCCUGCUGUCCAAUCUGGGAACCCCUCAUCAGAUCGUACAGAUACGCCACGGCGGAAGUAGUGAGAGAAAGACACUGAUGGUCGACGACCUCACUCCGGAGAACAUCGUGCAGCGGCCGCUGAAGACACUGUCGCAGAAGUCGGGCCUGGGAAUCGGCCGGGGCCGGAGGAAGCGGCAGCUGAUGCCAUGUAGAGAGUGUGGGAAGACGUUCGGCUCGUACAAGCUGCUGAACCUGCACAUGAGGAUUCACCACGACAUGUGGAUCUUUAACUGCAACGUGUGCGGGAUGGGUUUCGACAAACAGUCGACGUACCAGCGCCACCUGUACUCGCACCAGGAGAGUAAGCCGUUUAAGUGUGAGAUCUGCGGAAAGACGUUUAGCAGCCCUGGUCACCUGGUCAUCCACAACCGCAGCCACACGGGCUACAAGCCCUAUCCCUGCAACACCUGUGGAAAGAUGUUCUCCGACACGAGCAACCUGCGUCGCCACGAGAUGACGCACGACGAGCAGAGGGCGUCGUGCAAGGUGUGUGGCAAGGACUACAAGAACUUAAACAGCUUGACGACGCACAUGAGGAGUCACGACAAGUGUUUCAAGUGUGCGCUGUGUAACCGGACGUUCUACACGCCCGACGAUGUGUCGAAACAUUACCAGGUGCACACGGAGCGCCUGCUCAAUCCACCAGAGUUGAAACCCAGGAAGCCAUCGAGAGCUCAGAUUCGAAAGGCAGCGCACCGCAUGAACAAUGAUGCCGGGGAUGAUGGAGGGGACGUUGAUAACGAUGAUUUGAAUGAGUCGACGCAAAACGGAAACGUAAAGAGAGUGCGGGAAAAACCGGCCAGCUUGUUUGGGUCAAAUAAAAAAGAACCUUUCAGGUGUGGGGCAUGCGGCAAGUGUUUUUCCAUCCUACGCCUGCUUCGUCUGCACAUCUCCCACAACCACCAGGACAUGCUGUUCACAUGUCGUGUGUGCGGACGCGGCUUCGAGAAGGAGACAGUGCUCAACCGUCACGCCUGGAUUCACCUCAACCUCAAACCAGGUCAAGUGCACCGUGUGCGACAAGAGCUUCCGCCGGCCCACGCACCCAAGCUGCACAUGCGAACGCACACAGGUGACAAACCCUACACGUGCGCCAUCUGCAAUAAAGGCUUCACCGACUCGAGCAACAUGAAGCGCCACCUGCGCACUCACAACGGGGAGCGCUGCAAGUGCCAGGUGUGCUGCAAGGAGUACAAGAAUGUUGACAGCCUCACCACGCACAUGCGCUGCCACGAGAAGUGCUACCAGUGCACCAUCUGCGAUAAGACCUUCUACACUCCUGAGGACGUGCAGACGCAUUACGAGAAAAUCCACAUCGAACCCGACCAGGACCUCGAACAGGCCGGCGAUGAGAUCGACUGCAGUCUCAACUUCACACGCACACGCUACGUCCGGGCGGAGGGCAUUCUCGACAGCAGCACGCUGGUCGCUGCUGAGGGGUUGUCCGCCCUUGGCGACUCGACGAGCGAACAGAUGGUGGAAGUCGCGUCAAACGCGGUUAUCGAGGAGAUCAUAGAGCACACGGACCCGCUCCCCGACGACGUGGUCCAGACUGUGUCGGUGGCGAUGGACGAAGGUGGCGAGGUCGUGGUCGGGAAGAAGACGUCCGAGGUGAGGAAGGUGAAGCUGCCCAACAGGAAGCGUGCCACGAACGAUGUGGAGAACAGACUGUACAACUGUGGCUACUGCGGUCGCGGCUUCACGACGGCCUACCACAUGGCUGUCCACGCCAGGCGACACCUGGGACAGACGUCAUUUAAGUGCCGGUUCUGUGGGAAAGGGUUCGUGGAGUCGAGCAACUUGAGAAGACAUGUUCGUACGCACACCGGGGAACGGCCGUUCAAGUGUACAAUGUGUGACCGAGCUUUCAAGGAAUCCAGUGCUUUGAAAAUCCAUAUGAUGCGCCACACCGGGGAGCGUAACUAUAAGUGCUACCAAUGCCAGAAGGCAUUUCCCACCCCGCUCGAUCUGACCAAUCACAACCGGCGACACCACGAAGGGAAGUCUGGCUUGCCGACAAAACCCACACGCAAACAGAAGAGGCAGGGUUUCAGCAGCCGCGCUAGCCGGGUCCCCACCGUGAAGGAAGGCGACGCAAAACCCGAAGCCACUCAGGCCGAGGAUGACGAAGGAGUAUUCAACCUGAACGAUCUUCCCAAACAAACAACUGUGUUCAUCAGCGAGAGCACGAUCCAGCCCGACAGUAAACUCGACCUCAGCAAGCUGGAAUCGGGGGAGGGAAUCACCAGCCUAGACGACCUGGACAGUUACGAACUCGUCGAGAAUGUCGAGUCCGUUAAUCUGGCAAAGCUGAAGACGAUCUACAUCGGGGACGGGUUCACAGUUCUGAUAGGCGAUGAGUCGGUCAAGUCUAUUGGGGAGAUCAUCAUCAAGAAACACGCUACGGAAGUGAUCGAAGAGGAGGAUGAUGAAGAUGAUUAUGAUGUUGAGAUGGUGGAUAAGAAUGAGAUGCCCAUGGAGCUGCCGCCUUCGACGGAGAUCACCAAGGAUACGGACUCCACAGACCUGCCCGUCGAUAUCGUCAACAUCAAGGUGGAGCCGGGACUGCAGGUCGAGAACGGCACAGAGGAGGAAUCCGUUGAGCCUCCGAAGAAGAAGAAAAAGAAGAAGGAGAAGCCGCACAAAUGUCCGCAGUGUCUGAAGGCGUUCUACAAGAUGGAGAACCUCGAGAAGCACAUGAAACGUCACGAGAACCAGCAGGAGAACGAGCAGACGACCAUGAUCAAACAGGAGCCCGAGGAUCUGGAGUAUGAACCGUACAUUCCUCCGAAGAAGGAGUGCGAUAUCUGCGGAAUGAUCUUCAAGCACAUGAGCAGUCUGCGGGCCCACGCCGCAGGUCCACAGUGACGCCCGACCCUUCACCUGCGACAUCUGCGGAAGAAAGUUCAAAUAUUCGAGGGACGUCCACAAACACAAGAUCAUUCACCAGCCCGACUACCCGUACCACUGCGAGGUCUGUUACAAGGGCUUCAACUUCAAGCAGAGCUUCAACAGACACCGCGAGCUUCACGCCAGGAAGCCGUACAACAACUUUGACUGUGAUGUGUGCGACGAAAAGUUUCCUACCUCCACCGAUCUCAUACGCCAUAUGCACCUCCAUCUCAAGGACAAGCUAACAAACAAAAUGCUAGGAAAUAUUUAACAUACAUAUUAUUAUUAUUAUAUGUAAUUGGUGUACAUAGUUGAUGAGUUCAUAUUUAAGUACUGCCAAAUGAAUGUUAAUACUUUCUCGAGUGCUCAUGCAAUAAUGUGACAUUUAUACAUUUAUGUAUAAUUCUGUUUUUGUUAACUUUAGAACAGUUAUUUGAAAGAUUCAGGAUCAAAUGAUAGGAAUUCCAUUUAAACUUAUUUAUCACUUGGGUGGUUGUGCAAAGGUUAUUUGGUUUUUUCUUCCUUUGUUUAUUUUUAUUUUUUUUAAAUUAUUUUUAUUAUACAACUACAAAAUGAUAUUAAUGUAUUUGUGUUUAAACACCAACUGGGUAUAACAAAAAUGGACUGACUUUAUACUUGAAUAAGGUAGUUCACCUACAUGCAUUACGCAUUAAAUGAAUUACUAAAAUGUUACAGUGGGGGGUGGGGGCACUGUGUGCCACCCCUGCCCUCUCAUGUCACCAUAUCUUAAAACAUCUCUUUGGAUGGUCCAUAGGUAAUGCUUGCUUGGUCAGUAUGCUGUUGUGCAUGUGGCAUGUACAUGUAUGUGACACAUGAUGUUUAUUAGAUCAGUCUUAAAUUCACAGGAAAUCCACUGAGAAUACUCAAGGGUUCACAAUAUAAAUAGCAUGUCUUCAGUGUUCACAAUAUAAAUAGCAUGUUCAUGGAUGGUCAGUCCAUUGCUGAUUGAUCAUACCGUUUAUUACUAUAUCAAGUCCAUUCAUGAUUAAUUAAGUAGAUUCUUACCUGUCUUAAAAAUGUCUUCCUAUUUAUUAAAUUUAAAUGUUAUUUUCUACCUUUUUAUCUUCAUGUAAUUAAAUUUCUUAAUUUCUUUAAAAAAAAUUGAGGGGGGGGGGGGACACAAAAUAAUGUUCACAGCAAGUUUAAUUUUAUCUGAAAUGCUAAAAAAAAUUACCUUUGAGUAUGGUAAAGAGUUUCAGCUUUUUAAAGAUGAUUUCAGCUCAUAAUCACAUCCCUGUAAAUAUAAAUCCAACCGUUAAUUCCUCACUUGUUCAUUCACCCUGUCUGACAGUUCUUGCCAUGUGAGCAAACACGGAAGCUUGUUUGUGAUAUAAUAUAUUCUUAACACUGCUUUCUGGAGGUGGAAUUUAUCCAAGUCUGAAGAGUGCUCGCUUGAGGUGCUUUGGCUGAAAUAUCGAACCACCUCAAUGGAUGAGUUCUCUCUGAUCCCAACUAGUUCCCUGCAACUGGUAUAUCAAAGGCUUUGGUAUGUGCUGUCCUAUUUGUUGGAAUAUAUAUAUAUAUAAAAGAUCCUUUGCUGUAAUAGAUUUUUCUGAAAAUGUCAAAUUGCACACAAAAAUGUUUGCCUUGUUUAAUGACAUCACUAGAUUUAUUAAUCGGCUAUUGGAUGGUAAACAAAAGGCCAAAUUUACAAAGCACGUUUAUCGUGUACGCGUGUAACUACAAACAUUUACAAUGCUUAUACACCUGUGUAAUAAACGUAGGCUUCGUAACUUCGGUCCUUAGUAAUGUAUACAUAUAGUCUUAGAGAGGAAAUUGUGGCAUUAGUGGCAAGGGAUCUUUUUUUUUUAUGCACCAUCCCACAGACAAGAUAGCACAUACCACUGCCUUUGAUAUACCAGUUGUGGUGCACUAGCCCAAUGGGCCUACUGAUCAAAUUACCAAAUGCACAGAUUUGUUCUUUUAGCUUCUUGUCUGAUUUCAACUUUUUAUUUUCUUGCUUUUUAGUGUCAAAUAAUUUUCACGAAGUAGAUUUGAUUUGAUCUAAAAUGUAGAAAAAUUAUCUUUAUUUAGUCAUAGUAUAGAGAUUUUCAGUUUUUUAAAGAUCAGUUCAACUUUGUAUUUCUAAGUGAGUAUCACAUCCCAGCAAAUGUUUGACAUCCUAAAAGCCGAUGAUUGAUCAAUGUGCUCUAGAAGUAAUUAAACUCCUUUUUCGUGUCAGUCCAGUGGUGCUCGACUUCAUUUGUCUCCCAUGAUGAUGAUAGUCUUCCAGCCAAGAUGCUGCUGUUAUAAUUGAUGGUGAAAUUCUAGUAGAACCUGUAGUGCAUCUAUGGAGAUAUAUUUAUUAAGUGGCCGGUGGUAUCUAAACCCUAAACAAAUGUCAUCUAGAUCUGUUAUUUAAUCAAUUUUAACAGGAACAGUGCAAUUUUAGGUUUGUGUCUUUUUUUUAAAUUUUGAAUUUAAUUAUUAUUUUGUUUUGUUAUUUACGAAAGUAGCACACACAUGUGGAGGACGUUAUAAGCAACUGGAGGGAUCAGCUAUAUAUCAAUUUAACUUUCCCAGUUUGGGAGGGGGCACCUAUACCUCCCAAUUAUAAUGCCUAUGGAUCGUGUAAACCUGGGAUUAAACUUUUAGAUUCUUGUUUGAAAGUCUGGAUUCUUGUUUGAAAAUCUGGAUUUGGUAAUGGAGAUAAAAUCUGGACUAACAUUCGAGUUCUUGAAUUGGAUGCAUCUCUAUAACCUACUCAAGAUUGAUUCAUUCGAGUGGACCCAUUUUUUUCUCUGGUUUUAAUUCCAACCAGUGAUCUUUGGAAAAUACUGGUCAUGGUAUGUGUUAUCCUGUUUUUAAGAAAGUGAAUACUUAGAUCCUUGCUAGUAAUCAAUAGCAUGUCAUUUUGUAGAUACUGUGUCACAUCAUGCAGGUAUGAUCUCGUGUUGGCGCUGACUUACUCUGCGUUAAAGGGACAUACCCUAGUUUUUAAACACUAACGCAUAUUUUUGACUAUUAUAGCCGUUUUUGAAUAACUUAAAUCAUACUUUACUUAGAUUGUAUUGUUUAGAUUAUUAAUUUCCGCACAUUC